UUUCAAAACCGUAUUGACUAAGUAAACUAGAAAAGAAAACUAGUUAUCAAGUGAGAUAUUACCGUUGUCAGAGUAGAAAUAUCUAAACCAACAGAGAGAAAGCAGCCAUGGGAGCUCUUGAUCAUCUUUCCAACAUAUUCGAUUGCAGAGGUGGAAGCAACAGAAAGUACAAAAAGCGCAAGCAGUUGCAGACGGUGGAGAUCAAAGUGAAAAUCGACUGUGACGGUUGCGAAAGGAAAGUGAGGAAAUCAGUAGAAGGAAUGAAAGGCGUGACAUCUGUAACCCUUGAACGAAAGCAACACAAGCUUACAGUUGUUGGAUACGUCGAGCCACACAAAGUUUUAUCUCGUGUUGCUCAUCGUACUGGCAAAAAGGUUGAACUCUGGCCUUAUGUGCCAUAUGAUAUUGUGGCACAUCCAUACGCACAAGGUGUGUAUGACAAAAAGGCGCCAGCUGGGUAUGUGCGGUACGUUGAAGAUCCACACAAUCAGCUGGCACGAGCCAGCUCCACUGAAGUUCGGUACACUACUGCUUUCAGUGAUGAGAAUCCGGCUGCAUGUGCCAUCAUGUGAUUGGUCGGAGAGUAUUUUAAAAUUUUAAAAGUUAACCAAAAAGACUUUUAAAUAUACAAGCAAAUAUAAGUAUUGGUGCAUAUGUUUAGAGCCAUGUUUAAUGUUUAUUUAUUUGUAGAAAAAUGAUGAAAAGGGAAAAAAAUAGUGUCGGGUCUAUUGGUUAUUUUGUUGUCUUUUAGUUCUUUUUUUUGUCGUAUUUUAUAGUGGAUAGGUUUUGUUUUGAUAUUUGUAUAUUUUUUUUAUAAUGAAAUUAUCUAUUAUAU